ACAACCUUUGUGCGGCCGUCCGGGAGAGUGAGGUUCGCAGGUGCUUGCAGCUGGUGGGUCGCCUCUCCGCGCCCCGCGCAUGCUGCGGUCCCCAGCCAUGGCCCUCGCCAUCCGAAUCGUUUAUUGUGGCGCUUGAGGGUACAAGUCCAAGUAUCUUCAGCUCAAGAAGAAGUUAGAAGAUGAGUUCCCCGGAUGCCUGGACAUCUGCGGCGAGGGGACUCCCCAGGUCACCGGCUUCUUUGAAGUGAUGGUAGCGGGGAAGUUGGUUCACUCCAAGAAGAGAGGCGACGGUUACGUGGACACUGAGAGCAAGUUUCUGAAGCUGGUGGCCGCCGUCAAAGCCGCUUUGGCGCAGGGCUAAUGUGCCCGAAGGCAGAGUCCAGUGACCUUGGCCCAGCCCCUCGCAGCUGACGCUUCAUGAUGGGAAGGACUGAAAUGUCUGGUGGACGCCUGGUCUUUCCCUGACGUCUCUGUGGCCGCUGCGUGGGGGCAGAGACUGACGCCCCUGGUCCUUGCCUGUGUGUGUGUGUGUGUGUCCGUCGGUCCCCAAGCAUGCAGCCAUGCACCCCGCCUGCCUUGCUCCCUCCUCUCCCCACAUCCCCCCAGCCCCCUGGGUACUCUUGCUCCUGGCUUCCUUCUUGGGGUGGCCGAGAAAGGGAUCUGGGUGAGUGAGUUGUAGAUUUCAGCAGUGUGGACCACGGCCUCCUUUCAAUAAACACCAGAUGGGUUUCACAAAA